AUGCCACCGGUAACGCCACCAGACGUCCCUUACUGGAUCCAGCAGCGAAUCAAGCGCUAUGGAGAGGACCCGAUACGAUACGAGGCCAAACUGUACGGUCCUCUCGACAAGCUCUUAAAUAGGGUGUUCCCCGAUGACCAAUUCAUGGUUAAACCGCAAUCCGUAAUCAGGCCGAAUGCCACGCGUAAACCAGAGGAGGGGGAUGAUUGGGGCGAUCAGUAUUCCAUCGAUUCCUACGACAAGCCCGUGCUCCCUGCUUCCGAACGUAAACGCAAGGAGCCUGACUUCGUGGUUGUAAAGGCUUCCGACGAUCCCGAAGAAAUAUCCGACGUGGUGGUGGCAUGCCUCGAGGUGAAGAAACACAAUCUAGAACUGAACAAGAAAAAGGACGAAGUUCUGCGCAACAUUUGGCAGCUUCGGGAGUAUAUCAGCAUCCUGUCUGGGAAGCAGUGUCACAAUGCUUUCCGGGGAGUUUUGGUCAGCGGGAAGAAUUUCUAUGGGUUUAACCUACAAGAAACCAGACUUCCUUCCCCCGGGGGCUUGGGCUUGAAUACGGCGGAAGGGUUGCACAAUUUUCUUGGGGCGAUAAGCAACAAGGUGAGGAAAUCACCGGAGGACAUAAGGAACAUCGAGUAG